AGUAAAUCCAAGGGCAGCAACAAUAGCCAGGCCUCGUCCCAUGCUCCAUCUAUGGUCUCAGCUGACUUUGAAGCGGCAAUCGAGGCCAUUGGCGUGGGAGUUGAUGCUGUUGUUAGUGAGUUUGAAUGGGCAACACAGAUGAACUCCCUGAAACCAGGGACAAGCAAAUCGAAGGAGUUCAGCAGCUGGGGAUCUCGCCCGAAUGUGCACCAGGGUUUGCAUAUUGAUGAGAUCAUCAACCGUUAUGGGACAAGUUUUGCUUGUAAUGUCCUACAUGGAGAGGAUAAACCAGUGUUCAGCAGAUACUACCCAGGUAGUAUCUGGGUCCUCGCCAGGUAA